CCAGCAGCGGUGCUGUGCUGCUGCUGGAGGUGGCCUGUCGUCAUCAACAGCAGCUGCAGGCAGGCGCUGCGCAUCAGGUAGCGGUAGCGGGGACUGGCGCAGCAGCAGCAGCCACGGCACCAGGUCAGGGCGCCGCGGGGCCAUCCGUGAUGGUGGCGGGGGCCGGAGAGCCGGAGCCGGUAGGUCAGCUGCUGCGGCAUGGGGCGGCGGAGGCGGCAUGGAGCGCAGCGGUGGUGGCGGCGGCGCGCCUGCCCGGGGAGGUCUUCUCCUCACCGCUGGUGCUGCCUGCUGCCGCUGCUGCUGCGGAGAAGGAGGAGGAGGGAGGUGGACCGCUGGGGGCACACGCGGGGAGCCAGGUGCCUCCCUUCGGAGCCACCUCCAUCUCCACCUCCUCCGCCACGGAUGGCCCGCUGGAGCAGCACCCCAGCAGGCGGCCCCCCCGGGGGGCGGCUGUGUGCGUGUUUGUGGGCUGCCGGGACGACUGCGUGUAUGCACUGGAGGUGCGCUGCUAGCGGUUGGCGGUUGUGAGCGGCUAGCGGCUGCCUAACAACGCGUGGAAGAGUUGUAAUGAAACACG